GGCCCUGUCUGUCCAGUGUGCAUAUCGCCUCUAAUGUGCACGUGUAGUGUCUGUCGUACGGCCGCAUGCCAUAAACACCGGCAAUGACACGCAAGAAAAUAGAUAAUCGGAUACGUGUGCUCAUUGAAAAUGGCGUUCACACUGGCCACCGAACAAUGUUUGUCAUCGUCGGCGAAAAGGGCCGCGACCAGGUUGUCAUACUCCAUCACAUGCUUUCCAAGACUACGGUCAAAGCUCGACCUUCUGUGCUGUGGUGCUACAAGAAGGAGCUGGGAUUUAGCUCGCAUAGAAAAAAGCGAAUGAGGCAACUGCAGAAGAAAAUCAAGAGUGGCAAAUUGGAUGUCAAUGAGGAAGACCCAUUUGAGUUGUUCAUUGCAGCAACAAAUAUCCGCUACUGCUAUUACCAUGAGACACAUAAGAUACUUGGAAACACUUAUGGAAUGUUGGUUCUUCAAGACUUUGAGGCCAUGACCCCCAACAUAUUGGCCAGAACUAUAGAGACCAUUGAAGGAGGUGGCCUUGUUGUCCUGCUGCUACAGUCAAUCACAUCAUUACGGCAGCUUUACACGCUUACUAUGGACGUUCAUGCACGAUACCGUACAGAAGCUCACAAAGACGUUGUGGGACGCUUCAACGAACGCUUCAUUCUAUCGUUGAGUUCUUGCGAGUCCUGCCUUGUGGUAGACGAUCAGCUGAACAUUUUGCCAAUUUCAUCCUUUGCGGCAAACAUCAGCCCUGUAUCUCGAGCUGCUGAGGACCAAGAGGCACAAGAGCUGUCGGAGUUGAAGGAAUCUCUGCAGGACACGCAGCCACUUGGAGUGCUAAUAAACUGCUGCAGCACAUGCGACCAGGCCCAGGCAGUGCUCAAGUUUGUUGAUGCCAUUACGGAGAAAACUUUCCGGACCACUGUGGCUGUGACGGCAGCUCGAGGCCGUGGCAAAUCGGCUGCACUGGGCCUGGCUGUGGCUGCUGCUGUGGCAUUUGGCUACUCCAACAUUUUUGUCACUGCACCUAGCCCGGAGAACUUGAAGACUCUGUUUGAAUUCAUCCUCAAGGGCUUUGAUGCUCUUAAAUAUGAGGAGCAUCAGGACUAUGAAGUGGUGCAAUCAACCAAUCCGGAGCUGAACAAGGCAGUUGUGCGUGUGACAGUGUCUCAUGAAGACCAUCGACAAGUGAUUCAGUACGUGCAUCCAUCAGAUGCGCACCUGCUUGGGCAAGCUGAACUUCUGGUGAUUGACGAAGCAGCGGCCAUUCCCCUUCCCCUGGUGCAGAAGCUCCUCGGUCCUUACCUGGUCUUCCUCUCAUCUACCAUCAAUGGGUAUGAAGGUACAGGUCGAUCUUUGUCCCUGAAGUUGAUUCAGCAGCUUCGACAGCAGUCCGCUGUUGCUUUAAAUGAAAACAGCAAGUGUGUUGGAGGGCGGGCUCUGUAUGAGGUGUCACUGAAUGAGUCCAUCAGGUACAAGCCUGGAGACUCUGUUGAGAAAUGGCUUAACCAGCUUCUUUGCCUGGAUGCAUCAGUACCCCCAGCUUCUGGCUGCCCGCCACCACAGGACUGCCAACUAUUUUACGUGAACCGGGACACUCUGUUCAGCUACCACAAGGCUUCGGAGGCCUUCCUGCAGCAGGUGGUAUCUCUUUAUGUGGCCUCGCACUACAAGAACUCGCCCAAUGACCUUCAGAUGCUGUCGGAUGCACCCGCGCAUCAUCUCUUUGUGUUGCUGGCUCCGGUGCAUCCAAACUCCAAGGCACUACCGCAAGUGCUCUGUGUGUUACAGGUUUGCUAUGAAGGUGGCAUAUCGAAGUCCAGUGUUUCUGACAGCUUUUCUCGUGGACGCCGGGCUCAUGGAGACAUGAUCCCUUGGACUGUGUCACAACAGUUCCAAGAUGAAGAGUUUGCUGGUCUUGCUGGAGCUCGGAUAGUCAGGAUUGCGACCCACCCCGAGUACCAAAGGAUGGGAUACGGACUGCGCGCCCUGGAGCUCUUGAUGGAGUACUUCUUGGGCAACAUCCCAAGUCUUGAGGAGAAGCCAGGCACGGAUCUGGACAGCGUGCCGCUGGACAACGAAGACAGGGAAGGUGAAGGAGACAUCAUUGAACGCCUGGAGCCACGUAAGGCACUGCCACCACUGCUGCUCAAGCUGAGCGAGAAAAGAGCUGAGCAACUCGACUACCUGGGCGUCUCCUAUGGCCUCACGCCUGACCUGCUGAAGUUUUGGAAGAAAGCAGGGUAUGUUCCUGUAUACCUCAGACAAACCCCUAAUGACCUGACAGGGGAGCACUCGUGCAUCAUGCUCAAGUGCCUGCAAGAAGGUUCUCAGUGGCUGCCAGAACUAUGGAAGGACUUCAAGCGCCGCUUCCUCUUUCUUCUCGGUUACCAGUUCCGAGAGCUGGCACCAGCCACUGCUCUUAGUGUGUUGCGAAACCCUGUCGACGAUGCCAUUCAGCCGACUGCUCUGACCCUUGAGGAAGUCGAGCGCCUCUUCUCAGUGUACGACAUCAAACGGCUGGAAUUGUACUCGCAAAAUCUGGUAGAUCACCACCUCAUCACCGAUCUGCUUCCGACACUGGCACAGCAGUAUUUCCUCAAGACUCUCGGGGACAUGCACCUCUCGGCCGUACAGUCUGCCAUCCUGUUAAGCUUGGGGCUUCAACACCGCACUGCAGAUGCCUUGGCCAAGGAGCUGGAUCUACCGUGCACCCAAUUGUUGGGCCUCUUCAACCGUGUGAUGCGGAAGUGCUCCCAGUUCCUGCGUGGCGUGCUUGAGAAGACUCUUGACGAAGCCCUGCCACGAUCUACAGGCGCGGCUGCCAACCUCACACCUGUGCUGCAGUCGCUUAAUGAAGAACUUGCUGGUGCAGCCAAAGAAAUUGAGGACCGCCAGAAGAGGGAGCUGAAGAAGCUGCAGCAGAUGGAUCUUAGUCAGUACAGCAUCAAGGGUUCCGAGUCAGAGUGGAAGAGUGCUCUAGAGCAGCCUGGCAAGCAGCUUGUCAGCAUAAAAAGCAUCAACAAACGUCCUCAGGAGAUGGAGACGCAAGAGAAACAGCAUAAAAAGAAGAAGAAGAAAUGAGUGUAAUCAUUAAAAAUGGUGUAUUCAAUACAGUGUACAGUAAACCAAGUUAAACCA